UGUCCAAUCACAGCUGAUCACAUCUAAUAAGGAAAUGCUGGUUAUCGGCAUUCCUUUCCUCACGAGCUGUCACGCUGACAGCUUGUGAGAAGAGGAUAGCUGGGGACAUCUACACUGUUCAUCAGGGCACUGAUGAUCAGUGUAGCCCCAUCAGUGCCACCUGUCAGUGUACACCAAUGCCACCUGUCAGUCCCCAUGAAUGCCACCUGCCAGUGCCCAUCAGUGCCACAUCAAUGCUACAUAUCAGUGCCUACUAGUGCACAUCAAUGCCACAUAUCAGUGCCCAUUUGAGCUGCCUUUCAGUGCCACCUAUCAGUGCCAGUCAGUGCCGCCUAUCAGUGCUGCCAAUCAGUGCCAAUCAGUGCCAGUCAGUGCCACCUAUCAGUGCCAGUCAGUG